GCACUUUGAUUUUGAAUAAGGCCAACAUGUCUUGGGUACAUCAUCACAAACCAUCUACAUCAUCAACAAACAACACAUCAUCACUUUUAACAUCAUCAUCAUCAUUAUCCUCUUUAGCGAAAACUGCAAAUCCUUGUUCAACAGCUCAGCAAAAUUUCAAUAUUAAUGCCUCAACCAUGCCUACUUCUCCCAUGGCUGCUGCAAAUGUAGCCCAGAAACAGGUGUUGCCGCCACCAACGCGUCCACCUUUUUCCUCGUCGUCAUCUGCAUCAUCAUUAACAGCAACAUCUGUACUGAGGUCUCAGGCUACUUCGAAUAAUUCUUCUCUCUUGAUGACGUCACAACAAUAUCCAAAUAAAACGAAUUUACAUACGACCACAAAUAGCACCAUGCCGUCAAUGCGUUUAAGUAAUACUUCAAAUGCUCCUUAUACGCUGGCACAACAACCGCAACAGCAGCAGCGUCAACAGUAUAUACCACCCACUGCUACACCACAAUAUGGUACUCCCAAUAACAAUACCAGCACAACCAACAAUCAUCUGGUACAAGGGCCAUUUAAUAAUAAUCAACAGAAUUCGUGGCAAACACAUUCUGUAACUUCACAAAAUUAUUUGCCAACAUCAAAAAUGAUGCCACAAAUGCAACCUCCAUUGCCAACAGUGGGAGCAACAAAUGCUGGGGCAAAUAACAAUUGGCAAAGUGGACAGCAAAAUUAUCAGAGCAGUAAUAUGAUGUAUCAACAGCAUGCAGGUGGUGUAGCGCCACAACAACACCAGCAACAUCAACAGCAACAAUGGCCGCAGCAAAAUUCGGCUGUCAAUCAGCAGAUGUAUGAUAAUUCAUUCAAUCAUCAGCAGCAACAGGUCAGCAAUAAUGCGUAUCAACAACAACAACAGCAACAAGCAGCUGCAGCCUCAUAUUUUCAACAAGCUGCAGCACCACAACCCCAACAACAGCAACAACCACUACAAACAUCAUUAACCAACAUGUCACAAACAACAACAACAAAUGCAGUCAAUUUCUUUGACAAUGCCAAUAAUAACAACAACAACAACCAAUCUACCGGUGAUGGUUGGGGUGAUUGGGAUUGGAAUGAUAACUCUACUAUAGAAGCCAAUGAGAGCGCUAUUCAACAUCAGCAGCAGCAGCAGCAGCAGCAAAUCUCUACUCAAAUGCAUCAUCCACCACAAUCACAGCAACAAACUCAACCACCACCCCCAACAGCAGUAGCCGCACCACCACCACUACCUGCUGUUGCUAACGACCACAAUCAGGCAUUUAAUUCUUCUAACAUUAUUGCUGAUAGUUUUAAUCAGCAAUCAAAUGAUACUUGGAAUUGGAAUGCUACCAAUGCUGCAGUUGAGAAUGUGCCAGCUCAUGUUGAGAAUAAAACGGCACUGGCAAAGGUAGAGCAGCAGCAUAAUGACAAUUGGAAUUGGACAACCACGAACGAGGAGGACACUCAGCCUCAGCAGCAACAACAACAACAACAAACAGUUGUUACGAACGAUCACGCCAGCAACGAUAAUUGGAAUUGGUCAUCGAACGAAACGAAUCAGCAACAAAUUGCACAAACAACAUCUACGGUGCAGGAUAUCAAGCAAGCUGUUCAGCCAGCUUCAAAAUCUGUAGAAGCCGCCGCCAUCAUGCCCUUAGCACCACCUCCAACGGAAUUUUCUUCGAGUGCUGUAUCGGAAAAUCACAACUAUAACACAAAUGCAGCACCUCAAACAUCGACAUCAACUAACAUUCCAAACACAGUAUUUGUGUCGCAAGCCAAACCGGUGACCUUGCCCUCUCGGCAAUAUGCCUCGCCUCCCAUGGGCAAUACUCCGGUCAGUGAAAACCCUCCCACAGAGGGUACUGCAUUAAUGCCUCCCCAGGCCUUCCAAAAUGCCGAGGAGGCAGCUGUUAGCAGACCAACUAAUUUGCAAUCACCUGCUUUGCCGCCACCAACAACCACUGUUCCUCCACCCGCCGGUUUGCCUCCUGCAGCAACAGCGGCUGCAGCUGGAAAUCCAUUUAAACGUUCGGGUUUGGCUCAACAUCAUCGUGCUACUGCUUUAAUGCCCACUAUGCCACAAGCUAGUCCUGCUGUUUUUAAUAUGCCGCCGCCACCGCCAGCAGAUUUUGCGAAUCCCUCAUCAUCGUCCAAUGUAACACUGAUGGAGCCCGAAAACAAUGAAAUUCCCUCACAAGAAAAUCAAGAAAUUUUGGCUCCCCCUGCAGCCAUAAUGCAACCGUCAUUGCAACCACCAACCUCCACCAUUAGUUUGCCAAAUGCUGCUACAGUGGCACAGCCUCCUAAUGAUGAACGCAAUCAAUAUCUGCAGACCAGUCAUCUAUCGGAAAAUUCCGAAGAUCAACAGCCUGAAGCGGAUGGCCUUUUACCACCUCCAGGUUUAUCGCGUUUGGUUUUGGGCGAACCAGAAUUGGAGGCCUCACAAAGGAUGGUUAUGGGUACUGAUGCGCCUGUGCUGGGUAGUAAUGCCACCGUGGCAGAUGUUAUGCAUUUGGAAGAGCGUCAUGCAGAUGGCGAGGAUACAGCUUCAGAAAAUGCAGUGCCUGUUAUAAGUGGUGCGAUGGGUGGUGUUGGCGGACAAGGUUCUCCCCCCUCCACAUCCGAUCGUAAUCUGUAUUUGGUCCCUGGCGAAAGCAAUGUCAAUAACCAACAACGAGUUGUCACUGGAGUGGAGUUGCAAGAGCAAAGAGAAAUCGAAAUGGAUGGUGAAAAUCUUGAAGAUCAGCAACAACAACAACAACAACAGCAGCAGCAAAACCAUCAUCAUCAGCAGCCGCAACAACAGCAGCAUCAUAACCAUCAUCAGCCAUCUCCCCAAACUCAUCAAACUCUAUCGCCUGAAGCUCGCAAUGAACCUCCUGUUGAGGGAGCCGCUGACAUUAUUGAGCCUUCUGUGCCUGCACCUAGCGUAAGUCAACCUUUGGAGCAAGCCUCCGAUGCACAUCAUCAUCCCCAUCAGCCCUCAAAAACCAAGGAAUCGCAUAAUAAUAUUUCUUCGCCCAAUGAUGACGAUGACAGCGAUGAGCGCCUUCUCAAUGAACGAGCCAUGGACCAUAGCACUGCCGGUUCUUCAAAGUCUCGCACGAAAUAUGACAAUGAACGCUACGGGGGUCGCGUUAGACGUUCCUUGAAUCGUUAUGCAGCUUAUGCAUCUGACGAAUAUGUGAAUAGCGAUGGUGAUGGUGACUAUUCCAGUGACCGCGAAGAACGUGAACGUAGGGAAAGAAAUGAUCGUCGUCGUAAUUAUCGUGAGGGUAGUGUACGCAGUGAUCGCGGCGGAGACGAAGACGAGAGCAAACGUAAUCGCCGUCAGCAACGUGAUAAACGUGACAAAUACUAUUACGAAGGCGAGGAACGCCCAAGGGCAGGCGAACGUUCCAAGACCGACUCCAGACGUUCCCAACGGCAGCGGGGCUAUGAGAAUGAUUCACGCUAUGAAACCGAAGAGUCUACACGUUUUGAUGCGCGCAAAGAAUCAUCUCGCCGCAGCAUGCGUCAUUCGGAGGCCGCGGAGCGUAAUCGUCGUGGUGAUCGCAGUGAUCAAGGUGGCGAAUAUGAGGAUUAUCCUCGCAAAGGACAAGGCUAUCGUUCUUCUAAGCGUUCUGGCGAAAACUAUGAAUCUGAUCGUAGGGACAGAAGACGCGGCGGCGAUGACUAUGACAAUACAAUCGAAAGACGGCGUCGCAGCGAUAAACAUCGUGACCGUGAUCCCCGUUACAAUGAUCCUCGCUAUGAUCCACGCGAAUAUGAAGAAUAUCGCAAACAUAGUUCGCGUAAUGCUCGUGACAGUGAUUUGGAGAAAGAAGGUGGCGGCGGUGGAGGACCACCACGUUCUGGCAGAAUGCAUCAUGAUGGCCGUCAUGCUGCUGCCAUGUAUGGUGGUUACCCUGGCGGAGGAUACUAUGAUCCAUAUACCGCCUACUACUAUCAACAAAUGGCACGCAACAAUCCCCAAGCCUAUGCCGAAUGGUAUAAGAAAUACUAUGGCCAACAUGCUGCUGCCGUGACAGCUGGUUCUACGCAGGCAAUGCCAGCCAGCGCAGACACCUCAUUGACCGCUGCAGCCAAUGAUGGACGUGAAUCGGUGCACUCUGGACGCAGUUCAGCUCAUAAUGAUUUAAAAGAUAGGUAUACCCAUGCCUACAUAACACAAGCCAAUGAAUAUCAUCGCCAUUACCACCAUCACCAACAACAACAACAGCAUCAUCAUCAACAAUUGCAACAACAUCAUCACCACCAACACCAUCUCCAACAAAUGGCAUUCAAUCAGACACACAAUUCGACCAUGUUGGUGGAUGAGGACUCAUUGAAUCAAAGCACUAGUUUAUAUAGUGGCAUUGGCGGCGGUGGUGGCCUUUCACAGGCCCAUUCCCAAACGAAUCUUUCGCAAAUUCAUGGCGGUUACUAUGUAACGCCCUCGGUCCUACAAACAGCAGCAGCAGCAGGAGCUCAUGCAACGCCAUCUCUCUAUUAUGCACGUUCUGAUUAUGCGGAAUCAAGAUCUGGUGCUAUAUCCGUGCGCGAUCCAGAUCCCAUAGCAUCGGAGCCACAACGUUUAACACCUUGCAAAUUUAUCAAUGAGCAUGCAGUGGUGAGUUUUGGCUCAGGCAUUUUGGUAACGGUCAAACCAAAAUACACACCACAUGGUCAGAUCAGUAACAUAGUGAAGCUGUUGAAGUUUAAGCCCAAUGAUGAGACCAGAAAAUUAUUCAAAGUCUUCCCAGGACCUUUGGUCAGAGGUUUAACACACAAGAAAACGGUUAUAGAAUUUUGCCAGGAGCAAAUACGUUUGGGACCCAUGGAGACAACCAUAUAUGCCAAACAAUUGAUUAGCAAUAAUGCAGAGAAAUAUAGGGCCUCCUAUACCUUAAUGUGGAAUCUAUUGAUAUUGCUGUUGAAACAGAAUGGGAUGGUUGUGGGCACUGACAUUGCUGAAUUGCUAUUGAAAAAUCAACAACAAUUUGCCUAUCAAACACCCAACAAUUCUAUGAACAAUUCUCUAAAAUCUAAAUCGGGUAGCACUUCCCCUGUGGCGGAGGACAAUGAGGCAAUCAAAGAUGAUGCUGAUAUUGCAAAUAAUGAAGAGUCUAAAGAAGAUAAAGACCAAGAGUUACGAGAAUCCUCGGAAGAAAAAAUGCCCUCCUCCAGCUCAAACGCUUUGAGUGAAACAGAAAUUACCGAGAAAUUUAGAAACUAUUUGUUGUAUGGCAAUGUCAAUGAGGCCUUGGAAUGGGCCACCGAUAAUAAUUUGUGGGGUCAUGCAUUAUUCUUGGCCUCUAAAUUGGAUCGUCGUUCGCAUGCCAAUGUUAUGAUGAAGUUUGCCAAUAAAUUGGCUUUAAAUGACCCUCUGCAGACGCUCUAUCAAUUGAUGAGUGGUCGUUCACCUUCAAGUGUGACCUGUGUACAGGAUGAAAAAUGGGGUGAUUGGCGUCCUCAUCUAUCCAUGAUUUUAUCGAAUACUUCACAAAAACCAGAAUUGGAUCGUAAGGCCAUUACGACUUUGGGUGAUUCCCUAUUCAAUCGUGGCGAUUUGUAUGCAGCCCAUUUUUGUUAUCUAAUGGCGCAAGUUGGUUUUGGACGCUAUCAGGAGUCGGCAACACAGGAGAAUACAUUGCAACAGCAUUUGCCAAAAUUGGUUUUGUUGGGCUCCUCUCACUACAAACAAUUCCAAGAGUUUGCUCACAACGAAGCGAUUGUCAUGACUGAAAUCUAUGAAUAUGCCUGUUCCUUGAAUGAUGAUAAAUUUUCAAUUGUAGAGUUUCAGCCUUAUAAAUUCAUUUUGGCCACACGUUUAUUGGACUAUGGUUUCCAUUUGAAGAGUUUAAUGUAUUUGGAACAAAUUUCUGUACACAUUGCACGGGAUCCAACGAAAUAUGAGAGUAGUUUCAUCAACAAGGUCUAUGAAAUGGCAGAUCGUUUGAAGUACUACGAUCCAGUCUUAGAAAAAACCAUAGAUGAUCAGCAACAACUAGGCAACGAGGAAGGAGAUAAUGCCCUAAACACCUCACAACAACAAUUGGAGGAACAAAAAUGGUUGCAAAGUCUAAGGCAAAUGGCUCAACAAUAUAAAAUUGAUUAUGCUGUGCCAGCGAACUCGGCUGUGGACAGUCAGCAGCAACAAGUGAUGGAUCCCAGUUUUGGUUAUCAACAACAACAUAUAGAUCAACAAUUUAUGGAAAUCAAUAAACAAUUCAGUGAAUUGAAUCUGCAAUAUCAAGAUCAGCAGCAGCAACAACCACAACCACAACAACAGCCAACAUUUUACAAUCCAGACUUAAUGCAACAACAACCGCAGCAAACCCAAAAUAGCAUGUUGGCCACGGAUGCCCAACAACAACCAUUAUCUUUGGAUCCCUAUCAGACACAAAACGAAAUGCCUGCCAUGCAGGCCAAUGAACAGCAACAGACAUUAGAUGCCAACCAAUCAUCAACAACGGCUCAAACUGAUGUUUAUCAUCAGCAGACGGCCGCCUAUAUGCAGCCCGAUAUGACAAGCUAUGGUCAAAAUUAUUAUGAUCCCACUCAGCAGCAGCAAGGACUACAAAACUACAAUAAUGAAGGCGGCCAUAUGGAUGCAACACAAACGACUGAUAGUGGCUCUUAUGAUUAUUGGGCUCAACAGCAACAACAAGUUACUACAGCACAGCCUUACGGCUUGGAUGAGCAGCAUGAAUCACCUCCUCAUGCACAAACCCAAGCUUUGGAAGGCCAAAAGUCAGCUGCCACCCCCAAAAACAGCACCAACAACAGCCAAGGGGAGGCGGUAAGGGCAGCAGCUGCAACACCUAAAGCCACUUUACUUUUGAAUAAUAAAAAAUCCCAAUUGAAAAUGAAAACUAACCAUAAUAUGAUGAUGCAUGCCUCACCCGGUCAUUUGAGUUCCCAAUAUAAUAAGGCCAAAUUGGAAAAGGUCUCGAAAUUAACAACGACGAUAUUGGCCAACACCAACAGCUCUAAAACUAAUUUCCCUGUUAAGAAAUCCCCAGAGGUGUCAACCAAACAAGCAUUUAAUAAAUUAUUAGAAUAUGAAACCUCCUCAACCCCCUCCAACACACAGACCACCUUGGCAGCAACAGCAACGACUACAACUCCUUUUUCCAUAAACAAUACCAGAUUUAACAAUUAUGAUCCUGAAGCCAAUUGUGGUGGCCUUGAUGAGUUGUUAUAUGAGGCUUAUAUAUCCUCCAAUGAAGAUUAUGAUGAUGAAGAGGACGAUGAUGAUGAGGAUGACGAUGAUGUUGAUAAUGAUGAGCAGGUUAAUUUUCUUAUGUAUGAACCCAACAGUCAAGAUUUAGAGUCGGAAAAUUUGCCUUUUCUUCAUCAUCGGCAACAGCGGCGUCAUAAAGCUUUGUCAUCCUAUGGUAUUAUAAGAGCACAAACCAACUCCAACCUCAACCCCUCAGCCUCAGCCUCAAACUCCCACCCCCAGCACAAUCAAGUCCUGGCACAAAAAGCCCCCCAGGUAUGGUCUAUGCAAGAAUUAAUACAUGAUCGUUCCAUACCUUUGAACUAUAAGAAAAUGUGUCAUGAGGUUGAACAUUCUUUGCAACAAUUUGAAAAGUAUAUCGACUCAAAAAGUGGCUCAUCGUAUGACUCACACCAAAAGCAGCAAAAUGUGGAACAACAAAAAUCUCUAGCGCCUGAGGUCAAAACUUUCAAUAUAGAUGAUCCCAUAGAUUUUAAAAAGAACAAAUAAAAAUUAUAUAUAAACAUUUUAAGUAGUCAUUAAGUGGUGUAUUUACGAAGUAUUUAUAUAAAGUGAUGAUGUUUACAAAAAAAAGAUUUUUUGUCUAAAUUAAGUCAACAACAAAAAAAAACCAACCGCACUUGGUUUAUGUUUUUCUUUUGUUUUAAAGGUUUUUGUUUUGUUAUUAUUUUCUAUUUGUUUAUAAUGUCAUAUACACAUAUUUUUUGUUAAUUAAAAAGCAUUUCUUAUAUCCUAUGUGUUGUAAUUGUUUCUGUGUGUGUGUCCCACUCACUUUUUGGGUAGAAUUAUUAGCUUUCAACAAAAAUGAACUAAUUAGUUGUGAAUUUUAAAACACAGCUGGUAAGUUUUGGUUAAUUAGAAGCUUUUAAACGAUACAAAGCUAAGAGUAUACUAAUGAUUUGCUUAUUAAUCUAUAAGUUCAUGAAAUAGGAACAGUAUAGCAAAAAAUAGAAAAGAAAAUCAUUUUCCCCUAGGCGUUCCCAUAUCGUCGUUUGGGCUUCAUAAACAUUAAAUUACCCACAAAUAUAUGGAACAGUGUACAGUUUUUUUCAAUUAACUAUUGCCUAAAAAAAACGCAUCUCAAUCAGUC